AUGGUCGGACUUGUCCCCAGCUCAAACACCAUCUACCAGGCUUUCCUGCCUACCUCCCCCUACUACAAGCCAGCUGCGAAGCCAGUUGAGCAUCCGCAGACGCGACCUAUUUUCUCGACAUGGAGUGCCACAGACACUGUCAAAGAAAAGGCGUCGGAAUUGAGUCAUGCAGCUCAAGCCGAGUAUGAGAAGGCCAGCAAGAAAGCCCAAGCGAAGGCUGGAGGCAUUGAAUUGUAUUCCGGGAAGUACUACGCAGCUUGUACUUUCGGAGGCCUGCUAGCUUGUGGUCUCACUCACACGGCUGUUACACCACUUGAUCUUGUCAAGUGCCGUCGCCAAGUCGACCCCAACCUCUACAAGGGCAACUUCGAGGCUUGGAGACUGAUCAACAGAGCGGAAGGUCUCCGUGGGAUCUUCACCGGCUGGGGUCCCACGUUUGUUGGCUACUCGGUCCAGGGUGCUGGCAAGUACGGCUUCUACGAAUACUUCAAACAUCUCUACAGCCAGUUGGCUGGUGAAGAGAACGCCGAAAAAUACAAGACUAUUCUGUUUUUGUCUGCCUCCGCCUCGGCUGAAUUCAUCGCCGAUGUUGGUCUUUGCCCAUUCGAGGCUGUCAAAGUCCGCAUGCAGACUACGAUCCCGCCUACAUUCACCGGCACUGUCCAAGGCCUCAGUUCCAUCACGAGCAAGGAAGGAGUCGGCGGUUUGUACAAGGGUCUGUACCCGCUAUGGGGUAGACAAAUCCCGUACACCAUGAUGAAAUUCGCCUCAUUCGAGAACAUCGUAGCGGCUAUCUACAACUAUCUCCCCGGACAAAAGUCGGAUUACAAUAAGGGAGCCCAGACUGCUGUUGCCUUCGUCGGUGGUUACCUCGCCGGUAUCCUUUGCGCCAUUGUCUCGCACCCCGCAGACGUCAUGGUCAGCAAACUGAAUGCUGAACGUGCGCCCGGCGAGAGUUUCGGAGGCGCCAUGAGCCGCAUCUACAAGAAGAUUGGAUUCGGAGGACUGUGGAACGGCCUGCCUGUCAGAAUUGUUAUGAUUGGAACCUUGACUGGUCUACAAUGGAUGAUCUACGACUCUUUCAAGAUCUUCAUGGGCUUGCCAACCACUGGUGGUGGAGACAAGGACAAGAAGACCAUCAAGACGUAA